AUGGCGGAAAACCCUAGUCCAGAUGAGCGGGUGGUCAUUGAUGACUUGACCCCAGAGGAGGCCAAUCGAAUCAUUCAUUCUCAUCGCAAGGUUCGCUACGCAAGUAUUGAUGAGCCAGAAGUGGCACCAGACCGGUAUCUUGGGCAGAAUAGUAUUCCCGCCCUACUGCGCGAGCAGUCUUCGCCAGUUCACAAAAGUGGCGAAGGUCUUGACAUCAGACAAGACAUGCGGUCCAUUCUGGGACUGGACACAUCGGCACCUUUCCCGUUGAUGUCGUCGCAGCACCUUCAAAAACUGACCCAAGAUAUCUCAAAUGAAUUACCAUCCGACCGCGAGGUCAUGAAACUAUUCCGGGCGUACAAGGAAAUACCGCAGCCUUUCUGGGGAUUUGUGAUGGACAUUGACGACCUCGAAAGCAAACUCAUGAUCUACCUCGAAGACCGUUCACGGAAUGCGACAAACGGAAUCAAGUCGACCAAACCUGUCACAGCAUCAUGGCUUGCCAUACUCUUUGCUGUUUUAGCGGUCGGCUCUCAAUACCACGAAUCUCCCUACCAUAUUCGCACGCGAGACUCCCAGCGAUUUAUCCAAAUAUCGUUCCAUUUUCUCCGAUUGGGCAAUUUCCUUCUUCGACCCUCGUUUGACUCGAUUCAAGCCCUCCUUCUUACAUGCUUUGUUCUUCUCAAUGAUAUGAAGGCUGAAGCAUCAUGGGCGCUGAUGGGAUUGACCUGUCGGCUUGCCCAAUCAUUGGGUCUGCACAGAACACCGCGCAACGAAAGUCGCGAUUGCACACCACCAAACACACAAUCGAAGGAAAUGGUUCGAAGGAGGUUAUGGUGGAGUGUUGUGUGGCAUGACACCUUGACAUCGCUCUCCUUUGACCGAUCACCAAUGACGAACUUCCCUUGUUGCCCGAUUCCCGUCAUGUCACCGACGCCAAACGGAAACUAUUCAUACCUCGAGACGAUGUACCAUCUCAUGGAAAUCAUUUCUCGUCGCCUGAACCCCGAUGAUAUGAUGAGCUCGACAUAUACUCAAAUCAUUGACGAUUGCGAAGCAGUAGAGACCCUUCGAAGCCGCACCGCACCACAAUUACGAGUAAAGGAGAAUUGCAAGACAGCGCUCGACCGUCUACAACACUACGCUAUCCGCCUUCAUACAUCAUUUGUCAUCUCCGUCGCGUGUCGCCCAGCGCUUCGCAAAGAUAGCGAGUUCGAGCCUGAGCAGCGAAAGACGCUAGCGGAUCGCUGCAAAGACAACCUAACCGAAACCGUCCGAAUGUUUUUGGCGAUGCACCAAUUGUCAGCAAUCCCCACGAGAAGCUGGGCAUUUACGUACCAUGGCCUAUCAUCGGCUUUACUACUGGGUAUACUUUGUGAAACGAAGACGGACCCGGAGGUUCGACAGCUUCAGGGCGAUCUAAUCGCUGCACUAUCUGCUACCGCCGCCAAGGACGUUAGCUCCCCGGAGCCUCACGUAAUGACCACCGACAAGGAUAUCGAACUUUCCGGACCACUCUACAGAGCUUUGACGGCCCUGAAGAACAUCUAUGACCACGGCUCUAUCGUGCCCUCGCACCUCAAGAAGGAGGGUGACGCCUCUGCCGCCGGCAGCGGGAGCAGGACGCCCCAGUUCCCUUUUGGGAACGCUGGACAAUAUUCCGGAAAUGGCAAUUCAAUGUUUCGCAACGUCUCUCAGAGCGCCGACCCACGUGAGGAUGCGGCUCUCGCCAUGGCAGAGAUGCAAAACGGGGGUGCAUCUAUUCAAGACUUUGCUGGGCUCCCCUACAGCCAACAGAUGCAGGCGCAGGCUAACGCAAACCUCAACAUCGACAGCAUGAACGCAAUGAACGUCGAUCCUACGCAAUACAUGGCUCCAAUGGACCUAUACGAAUCAAUCUGGGGUGAAUCACCAGACCCUUGGAACACGGGAAUGGACUCGUUGAACUUUGACUUUUUGGCCCAGCCGCCACCAGGCCAGCCUCAGCAACAGUUUUACUUUUAG